AUGGUUAACCAACCAGUUCGUCUGGAUCAACACAUCCUCCAUACGAUAUUCCUGGUAUCAUUUGUACAAGCAGGUCUCUGGACGGUUGACAUCGAUAAUGGACCAGCUCCAUCUCCAGAAGAUGGACCUCCUCUGUCUGCGCAUGCUUCUCGAAAUCCCAACUUGCUUGCCGGACAGAUCUGUGGAAUCAUAGGCGCCUAUUUAGCGACCACCUUUAUCCUUGGUAGCCUUCUUCUCACAUUAGGAAGACGAAUGCGACGAGCCGCCUUGUCGGCCUCUUCUACAACCUCGGUGGAAAUGGUCAAACCAUCCAUCAAACAAUUCGACGACUCGCCACUGAGUCCACAUUCUCAACGAUCCUGGUAUAGCCCUCGAAGAUUGAAGAAGAAGCGCAGUAUUCAAGGCAGUACCAGGACAGUCAGUAAUCCUUCCAGCCCCGCAGUACAGAGCAUUUCAUCCUUUGACCCUGGCGUGAUUGAGGCAGACAGGGUGGCUAGACAACAAGAGCUGGAGCAUCUCUACGCAGCGGCAUUAGCGCAGGAAGCAGCCAAAUCACGAACGGCAGUCACAGAAGAUGAGAUGCAUUUACCUGAACAUACAUCACUCAAGUCAAGAAGACAACCUCCGAGGCUUUUGACAUCGGCCCCAGCUCUUGCACAUUUGCACUUGCAAGAUUCUCAGGUCAGCCCUGUCUCGCCCAGGAGUCCUAUUCGAGCUAUAUAUCCUCCACGCUCUCCUCAUCUACACCCAACGUCACCCAUCUCACCUUUGCGGCCAGAUUACGGUCAAGCCGCAUCUCCAAGAUUACGAAUACCAACAUCUCCAGGUGCAGCGUCGACACGCACACGGACGUCUUCAUUCGGCUCUCAGGCCGAAAGCAAGCGUCCCCGCAAGGGACUUCGUAACUUGCGCAUCCAACACCGCCACUACCCAAGUGAAGUCUCUGAUGAGGAAGUACGCACUCCAUUAACUCCACGCUAUUAUACCGACUCGGGCAUUCCACCUAGCCCUCCACCCAGAAGCGAGGCACCUACUACACCGGGCACACACGAUGGCUACGGAACACCUGUUAAUGUCGAGAACUUUGAUGAGAUUAGAGCCUUGCCUCGACCAGAGCCACAGAGGACCGGAAGCUACCAAUACGAAAUGCCGCGAGUAGCAGGCGAUGCACGCAAGCAGACAGAACUCAGGCUGGACACCGCCGUCAUAGGUGGUCACAGUAUCAACAAUCGAACACCUCCAUUGAAUGUUUCUGUAUCGACGUUGGGUACGCUGCCCUUUCGUGCAAUGGCACAAUCGGAGGGUGUGCCAUUGGCAUCACCUGGUCUUGUUACCAAAACUACCUACCUUGAGAGGCGUCGCGAUAUGUUGAGUGCUCCUCGUACAGGCAUGGCUACGCCGUAUAGUCCGUAUAUGCCAUUCACGCCCGUAACACCAGUGACGCCUCAUUUGACAAGUAGGGCAGAGAGAAGGCAACGCGAAAGAGAUCAAGGAAGACGUGCUCCAAUCGCACAAGACCAAGUCAUUGACGAGGAGGAGAUGUGGGGAAGUGGUUACUGA